UUUUUACCACACCUCCGGUACCGGUUUCAGCAUCUUUCAUUGGGGAUUUGGACAGCUUGGAGAACGAGGAGAGUUCUUCAGCUGACGGAGACAAGUCGAUGAUGAGUCAAAGAUGCGGGGACAAGGAAAGACAGACUGAAAAAAAUGAGUGAUUGAUGGGUUUUGUUUCGAAAGUAACAUACCAUCAGGAAACCUGCCGCGAAUGAAUUGUUCUUGUGGAAAACCUCUAAGAAGAGAACGAUACAAGAUGCAUCCCUCAGACUGUGUCCUCGACAUAUCAAACAUAUUCCAUUCUACUUCUGUACUUGUCGAAAGUAGUUGCUUCGGAAAAUCUGAACCCACAGCAAUUUUGAGGGACGUAUCAGCCAGAGUCCAUGGAGGAGAAGUUCUCGCAAUUUUAGGAUCAAAGGGUUCUGGAAAAAGGGCUCUUUUAGAUGUCAUUGCUGGAAGAGCAGGUGGAAAGACAAGAGGCCGAGUGACUUUGAACGGCAGCUUGUUGACUCCAGAGCUGUUCAGAAGACAUGGAGGAUACGUGGCCCAUCGUUGUCAUCUUCUCCCGAGUCUUACAGUCCGUCAAACGUUGACCUACGCGACCUGGCUUGCAAAUUUAAGCAACAGAGAUGCCAGGGUGAGACAAACUCUUGCAGACUUGGCCUUGUCCCAGGUUGCAAACAGACCAGUGAGUGACCUCACAAGACCUGAAUAUCGAAGACUCAUGUUGGGAGUCCAACUUGCUAAGGACCCAACUAUACUUUUACUCGACGAACCAACUUGGGAUACCGAUCCCUUAAAUACCUAUCUGAUAGUUUCGAUGUUGUGGUCCUACGUAACCAGAAGAGGAUCUAUUGUAGUUUUAACUAUGGAAACACCCAGAUCUGAUGUUUUACCAUUCGUCAGUCGAGUCGCUCUUCUUUGUUUGGGCGCUGUAGUUUAUUCUGGCCCAACUAGAAGCAUGCUUGAUUAUUUUACUUAUAUAGGAUUUCCUUGUCCGGAAUUGGAAAACCCUCUCAUGUAUUACUUGUGUCUUUCGACUGUGGAUCGUCGUUCAAGAGACAGGUUUUUAGAAUCGAAUCAACAGAUCUCUGUCCUGGUGGAAAAAUUCAAGAUCGAAGGAGUUCUUUACAUGAAAGACACGCCUGAAGAUCCGAUGAGUGUUAAAGAGUCUCCUUUAGGAAUGGCUCACAAAGGUUUGGGUCGAGGAAUCAAGCCAGGAUGUUUCUCAACUCUGAUCGCACUCUAUAUGAGAGGUAUGGCAACAACCUUUGCUCUCAACAAAUCCGGCUUGGGACAUUUUGCAGCGAGAAUUCUGAUUUUGCCAUUCUCGAUCGCCUUGCUUAGCAUUCUUUAUUCCAAUUCAAGUCUUUAUCAAUCAAGAAUAUUCCUCCAGACUGGCGGUUUGGUAUUCAACGUCUUGACUCUCUUUUACUUAGCAGGAAUCGCCACAACUGCUCUUCUCUUUCCAAGUUUCCGGGCGAGGUAUUACCAAGAAAAACGAGAAGGUCUCUACGGAGGAGCGAUGUUUUUCACAGCCUACACUCUUCUAAGUUUGCCUCUUAGUUUGACAUCGACCCUAAUCACAAUUGGAAUCCUCGUACCCAUCUUGGAUCUGGACCUUUCAGCGUGGGCUCAUACUUCAGGGACACUUUGGGCGAGUUACGUAGCAGCAGAGCAAGUGACAAUUGCUUUUUUGAUGGUGAUUGAACGGCCCAUGACGGGAGCAAUAACAGUUCUCUACAUAACUCUUAUUUCUCUUAUAAUCGCUUCCGGAGCGAUGCGAAGUCUCAGAAAUUUGCCAGAAUGGCUUGCGGCUCUUUCGACAGCACUUCCGACUCGAUAUGCUUCAUUGGCUUUGAAUCAAUUGGCGAUUGAGAGACCUGCCACUCAAAAUUUAGCAUACGACGAAAACACAGUUUGUCCUGGAAUCAAAGAACUUUGUCGAUACCCAGAUGGAAGAACGUACUUGAUUGAACGCUUUACGAGUGAAGGAGAAAAUCUAUCAAGGGUUCUCAAUGUCAACUUGAACCUUUUGGUCUCCUUGGCGUUUUGUCUCGGACUUGUUAUUCUAAACAGUGUUUUGUAUCUUUUGCCUCUUCCGGCUCGAGUCAAAGCGAAGUUUAGAGAAUAGAUUCGAGAAUAAGAAAUGUUUGUAAUAUAGCUUCAUGAUGCAGACUCUGAUAAGAAUUCUCAAUACUUGCACGGAGUUAUGUACAUACGCUAAGUUGUAAAAAUAGCUUAAGCUCGUAAAUUUAUUAUACAAUAGUUUUUACAUAUUUUCUGUGCUUAGAAUUGUUUACAAGACUGUAAAAUUAAAAUAUACACAUUGACUGUAGUUGUAGGAAAUAAUACAUCUAGUUUUUCGAGACAUAAAUCAAUCAGAAAUAAACUGAAAUUAUAUACUGAGAAA